CAGAACCAAAACAGCGGAAGUUUCUGAAAAUCUAGAAUAAUAACCCAAUAGUCUCGUCUCGCCCACAAUAAUGGCAAACACUGCCCACUUCAUUCGGAGACAAAGUUCUCGCGAUCUCAACCCCCAACGUUCGAUGGAUAGAUUGGAGUUGAGGGAGAUGCGAAGCAGACUCGUAAUCGAAAACGGAAACACCGGAAGCUACGGAACUACGAAUGCCGCCUUUGAGGAUACCAGCCCGAGCAAUAAAAUCAAGUCGAGCUGUAGCAGUAAAAGGAAUUCAACAGACGGAAAACCUAUUUUCAAACCUGAGAGUGGUGAAGAUGAAAGGGAAUCCUGGGAUAGCAAGCUCACUUUUCUAUUGGCAACUAUAGGAUAUGCUGUGGGGCUCGGCAAUGUCUGGAGGUUUCCAUACUUGGCACAGAAGAAUGGAGGAGGUGCCUUUCUGAUACCUUAUUUCGUGAUGUUGGCCAUUGAGGGGAUCCCUAUAUUUUACUUGGAACUGGCAAUUGGUCAGAGAUUGAGAAAGGGAGCUAUAGGGGUAUGGAAUCAAGUGUCACCUUUUUUGGCAGGAAUUGGUAUUAGCAGCGCAGUAGUUUCCUUCAAUGUCGCCCUCUACUACAACACAAUAAUUGCUUGGUGCCUCUUUUAUUUCGUUCAGAGUUUCCAAUCUCAGUUGCCAUGGGCUGAAUGUCCGAAUGUCUACUUUCCAAAUGGAUCGUAUACCAUCGAACCAGAGUGUGAGGCUAGUAGUCCGACUCAAUUUUUUUGGUACCGAACAACCCUCAUGAUAUCCGAAGACAUCAAUACUCCUCAGUCAUUCAACUGGAAAAUCGCAAUAGCCUUGUUCGUAGCCUGGAUCUUGGUGUACAUGUGUAUGAUCAAAGGCAUCGCUUCAUCUGGCAAAGUGGUAUACGUGACUGCAACAUUUCCGUAUCUGGUGCUCAUCAUCUUCUUUUUUCGUGGAGUCACGCUGAAAGGAGCAGGAGAUGGACUCAGGCACCUUUUCACUCCGACCUGGCAUAUAAUCCUUGACCCUGUGGUUUGGUUGGAGGCAGGAACCCAGAUAUUUUUUUCUCUUGGACUCGCCUUUGGUGGCCUUAUAGCGUUCUCUUCAUACAAUCCUGUAAAUAACAAUUGCUACCGAGAUGCCAUAAUGGUAUCCCUCACCAACUGCUUCACCUCCAUGUUUGCGGGGAUAGUAGUGUUCUCCGUUAUUGGAUUCAAGGCAACUAUGACUUUCGAGAAAUGUUUGGAUGUGCGAAAUUCAACGUUAUACGAGGUGUUCGGCAGCAGUGAUUUUGAUGAGAACGACCUGCCUGAAGCGGGAUCCUUGAUCAACGUUCACGUUGGAAAUGAUGUGAUUUCUAAGGUGAUGCCUAUAUUGCCUGUUUGUGAUUUAGAAACGGAACUGGAUAAGUCUGCAUCAGGUACCGGCUUGGCCUUCAUCAUAUUCACAGAAGCAAUAAACCAAUUUCCAGGCGCGCAAUUCUGGUCAGUUCUAUUCUUUCUCAUGCUCUUUACCCUCGGAAUUGACUCCCAAUUCGGAACUCUGGAAGGCGUCGUAACCUCGGUGGUGGAUCUGAAGCUGUUUCCGAAUCUUCCGAAGGAAAUUCUAACGGGAACUAUUUGCGCAGUAUGUUGCCUCAUCUCCAUGGGAUUCGCGCAUGGAGCGGGCAGCUACGUUUUCGUCCUCUUCGAUAAUACAGUUUCUUCGAAGAAUCCAUUUAACAAAAAAUAUUAUAAAUGUCUAUUUGCAUUUAGAUUUGCUGAUGACAUCGAAAUGAUGACUGGUAGCAGACCAGGUCUCUACUGGUUGAUUUGCUGGAAAUAUCUUUCUCCCUUGGCAAUGAUUUCCAUCUUGGUGGCGAGCAUUAUCGAAAUAGCUGUCGAUGGAUCAGGAUAUUCUGUUUGGGUAUCUGCGAAAGGUGAAACUGAAAGGCAUUCCUGGCCUGUAUGGUCCAUACUUUUGAUAUCAGUUUUGGUGUUGGCCUCCGUCUUAUGGAUACCUGGAGCUGCUAUUGCCAGAUUUGCUGAUGACAUCGAAAUGAUGACUGGUAGCAGACCAGGUCUCUACUGGUUGAUUUGCUGGAAAUAUCUUUCUCCCUUGGCAAUGAUUUCCAUCUUGGUGGCGAGCAUUAUCGAAAUAGCUGUCGAUGGAUCAGGAUAUUCUGUUUGGGUAUCUGCGAAAGGUGAAACUGAAAGGCAUUCCUGGCCUGUAUGGUCCAUACUUUUGAUAUCAGUUUUGGUGUUGGCCUCCGUCUUAUGGAUACCUGGAGCUGCUAUUGCCAGGCUGUUUGGUUAUGUGGUAAUAGACGACAAUGAGAAGGCAUGGUUUCCAGCUAACGAUUUGAGGGACUUCCAUGGAAUAAUGCCUCAUGAAGUAACUACAGCAGAAAAAAUACUAUUCUGUAUGAGGGCUGACGGGUCGGAAGGCCUCUGUUGCCCAACACACCAUUCUUAUGACGAAGACGAUGAAGAGAUUUGAAGACAAUAAUAAGAUAAGUUUCACAG